CACGAGUACGAGUCUGCUUGUAGCUCGCUACCAAAACCUUUUGCUUCGGCAAUCGGCAUUUAGCUUUUACAUCAAAUUAACCUGCAGCUAACACAUUAGAUUCUACCUAGACAUUUUUACACGUGUACAUACAUAUAUAACAUAACAUAUAUAACAUAUAUAUAUAUACAUACCUAUAUCCACACAUAUUUAUACUUAGCCAGCUAGUCAAGGUGAUGGGUGAUGUUUCUUUUUCUUUAUUAAACUGAAAUGUGUUACUUGUAUUUGUUAUUCAUCUUCUAGUGCUCGUUGAUUCCACAUUUGAAAUUUAAAUUAAAAUCUCGGAGAUUAAAUUUUUAAAAUUAAUUUUUAACUUACAAGUGAGAUUCUGCAAGCCGACAUACAAUUUUUAAUUUAAAAAUUGUCAAAAUUUUUAAAAAUAUCCAAUUUUAUUUUUAUUUUUCACGCGCAUUUUUUUAAAUUAAUUCCUGUCGGUAUUGACUUUUUUUUUAUGGAAACUAAAUUUUUAAUGACUGAUACUUUUCUCAGUGUUUAAAUUUUUUAUUUAUAAAUAAUAAUAAUAGUAAAAGUAAUUAGUGACUAAAUGAAUUAUUUAUUGAAUGAAUAAAAAACUAAUAAAGUAAAAUACAAACGGUGAUUUAUAAUUUAAAAAGAGUUUCACUUCUAACCUAAAUUCCUGGUGAUUGGUUACCGGGAAAAAGCCGUUACUGCAUUAAACUUUUCAAUUAAACAGACUUUUAGGUCAUUUUAUUUAUUUAUAUUUUUUUUAUAAAUAUUUUGUUAUAAAAAAAUAUUUUUUCGUGCGAUUAUUUUAGUGUUAUGGUGAUAAAUUCAAAUUUUGUGAUAAAUCAGUGAAAAAAAAUUAUUAUAAAAAUGUGGCCAGAAAACGUUGGAAUAAAAGCCAUAGAAUUAUAUUUCCCUGCGCAGUAUGUGGACCAGGUCGAGCUGGAAAAAUAUGACAGAGUGUCAGCUGGUAAAUAUACAGUAGGUCUGGGUCAGUCGAAAAUGGGGUUCUGCAAUGACCGGGAGGACAUAAAUUCUUUGUGUUUGACUGUAACUCAUCGUCUGCUUGACCGGAACAACAUAAAACCCAGUGAUAUUGGUCACCUGGAGGUUGGCACCGAGACAAUAAUCGACAAGAGUAAGUCCGUUAAGUCAGUACUGAUGCAACUGUUUGAACCUCACGGUGCUACGGACAUAGAAGGCGUUGAUUCAACGAACGCCUGCUACGGAGGAACAGCUGCCGUUUUCAACGCCGUGUCCUGGAUAGAAAGUAGUUCCUGGGACGGAAGAUUGGCUCUGGUAGUUGCUGCUGACAAUGCUGUUUAUGCUACCGGAAGUGCUAGACCAACUGGAGGUGCUGGUGCCAUCGCGAUGAUAAUUGCUCCCAAUGCUCCUCUGGUUUUUGAUCGCGGGCUUCGCGCUUCGUAUAUGAAACACGCUUACGAUUUUUACAAACCUGAUUUACGAUCAGAGUAUCCUGUAGUAGAUGGAAAAUUGUCUAUUCAAUGCUACCUCAGUGCUCUAGAUAACUGUUACAAAAAAUACUGCGAAAAAGUUUUGAAAAAUAAAUCUAAUUCCCAAUCCCAAUCCAAUGGGGUGACAUUAAAAUUCUUUGACGCUGUUAUUUUUCACUCGCCUUACUGUAAGUUGGUACAAAAAUCAUUCGCAAGACUUUCAUUGAUUGACUUUUUAAAAGAAAAUAAUUUAAAUGAGACUGCUAUUAAUGGAGAGCUUGAUAAAUUCCGUAACUUGAAGCUAGAAGACACUUACUUUGAUAGAGAUGUCGAGAAAGCUUUUAUGAAAAUAAGUAACAAUGAUUACAAAGAUAAAACAGAGCCUAGUUUAUUCAUAGCAAAUUUAGUUGGUAACAUGUAUACACCUUCUGUUUAUUCGGGACUCGUUAGCUUGUUGAUAAAUAAACCUGUUGAACAAUUACUGGGCAAGAAGAUCGGAGUCUUCUCUUAUGGGUCCGGUCUUGCUUCGAGUAUGUAUUCAUUGACGGUAGGCAGAGACAAAGCAGCUGAAGACCAGCUAAGGAAAUUGUGCAGCAAUCUUGAGUAUAUUAAGCAACAGUUAGAUGGAAGAAAGCAAGUGAGUCCUGAGGAGUACACGAGAAUACUUGAGCUGAGGGAAAAAAAUUGUCACACUGUUCCGUACGAAGCUGGUAGCAGCGUCGAUGCGAUGUUUCCUGGGACUUAUUAUCUUGUUAAAAUUGAUGAAAUGUACAGAAGAACUUAUCAACGUGUACCUCUGAUUCAAUGAUUGUUAUUAUUAAUAAUAUUUAAUUAUUUUAAAUAUUUUUAAUUGAUUACUUUGAGAUUUUAAAAUUAGUUGGGAAAUUUAAACUAUUUAAUGGUUAUCAUUGUUAUUUUAAAAGUUAAUUAAUUUUAAUUUUUUUUUAUGGAGAUAUCAUUGUCUAUGUGCCUUGCAUGCAAUGUAAAUCAGUUUCACUCAGUUACUCGUAAUUAAAUGUCUUAUCUAAUGAGGGUUAUUAUUAUUAAUGAUACUGAAGUUGACCAUGAUACUCAAGUUAGAAGGCAAUUGAAAUUUUUCGGAUUUUUUUAAGAAAUAAUUUACAAAAAUAUAAGAAAACUAAAAAUAUGCACUUGUAGAAAAUUAAAAAAACUACAGGUGCAAUUUUUUGAAAAAAAUUUUUUUAUGAUUUAUCGUUUCUAAAAAAAAUUCUAAAAUUAUUAUAAAUCGACUAACUUCAGUAUCAUGUUUGCCGACGUCUAAUAAUUUUGGGAAUUUAUUCAAAAUGACAAAUCAUAAAAAAAAAAAUAUUUGAAAAAAUUGCACUUGUAGUUUUUUUAAUUUUCUACAUGUGCAUUUUUUAGAUUUUUUUUUUUGUAAUUGAUUUAGUGAAAAAAAAAUCCCAAAAUUUUUGUUAACUUCAGGAAUGAAUUUAAAUGUAGCAGACAGACGAAUUCAAAAUUAUUAAUAAAUAGAGUAAACAAUUGAUAAAAUA